GGGGCGGGCGGGGGCGGGGCGGGUAUAUAUUCCGGCGCGCCGGGCGGUGAGCUGUGAACGCCGCACAGACUCGCCGGACCCUCGCCCUCUGAUUUCUUCUUUCUCCAUCAAGAAAGAUGGCAUCUGUUUCAGUUGAACCACAACUGAGUGUGGUGACCAGGGUGGCCAGCCUCCCCUUGGUGAGCUCCACGUGUGAUCUGGUCUCCUCGGCUUACAUCAGUACAAAGGAUCAGUAUCCUUACUUGAAGUCUCUGUGUGAGAUGGCAGAGAAGGGCAUGAAGACCAUCACUUCUGUGGCUGUGACCAGCGCACUGCCAAUCAUCCAAAAGCUAGAGCCACAAAUUGCUGUUGCCAAUACCUAUGCUUGUAAGGGGCUAGACAAGAUUGAGGAGAAGCUGCCUAUUCUGAAUCAGCCAACAAACCAGGUUGUGGCCAAUGCCAAAGGGGCUAUGACGGGGGCAAGAGAUGCUGUGACGACUACUGUGACUGGGGCCAGGGAUUCUGUGGCCAGCACAAUCACUGGGGUGGUGGACAGGACCAAGGGAGCUGUGACUGGUAGUGUGGAGAAGACCAAGUCUGUGGUCAAUGGCAGCAUUCACACAGUCAUGGGAAGUCGGGUGAUGCAGCUGAUGAGCAGUGGAGUGGAAAAUGCACUCACCAAGUCGGAGUUGCUGGUAGACCAGUACCUUCCUCUUACCAAGGAUGAACUAGAAAAAGAAGCCAAAAAAGUGGAAGGAUUCGAUAUGGUUCAGAAGCCAAGUUACUAUGUUAGACUGGGAUCUCUGUCCACCAAGCUGCGCUCACGGGCCUACCAGCAGGCCCUCGGCAGGGUUGAAGAAGCUAAGCAAAAAGGCCAGGAGACCAUUUCUCAGCUCCAUUCCACCGUCAACCUGAUUGAACUUGCCAGGAAGAAUGUGCAUAAUGCCAACCAGAAAAUUCAGGAUGCUCAGGAUAAGCUCUAUCUGUCCUGGCUGGAGUGGAAGAGAAGCAUCGGCUACGAUGAUACAGAUGAAUCCCACUGUGCUGAGCACAUUGAGUCACGUACUCUUGCUAUUGCCCGGAACCUGACUCAGCAGCUCCAGACCACGUGCCACACCCUCCUGUCCAACAUCCAGGGGUUACCACAGAACAUUCAAGAUCGGGCCAAGCACUUGGGGGUGAUGGCUGGUGACAUCUACGCUGUGUUUCGCAAUGCUGCCUCCUUUAAAGAAGUGUCUGAUGGCCUCCUCGCUUCCAGCAAGGGGCAGCUGCAGAAAAUGAAGGAGUCUUUAGAUGAUGUGAUGGAUUAUCUUGUUAACAACACACCCCUCAACUGGCUGGUAGGUCCCUUUUAUCCCCAGGUGACCGAGUCUGAGAGUGCUCAGGCCCCAGGUACAGCCAGGAGGCCUGGCAGGCGGAGUACAAAACACCCUAAACCCGUCCCUGUCAGCAAUGCACAGGGCAGCCAGCCAGAUGACAGCUCCUCUUGAGCUAGACGGCUCCAAAGUAGGCAGGCAGCUAAUGAGGCAAAAAGGUCUCCACUUCAGUCAUUUCCAGCUGACAUAAGAGCUAUAAAGUUUCUGCAUUAGUGCAUAAGUUCUGUUACUUACCUGGCUGGAAAGAAAAGAAUAAUAGAGUGGUCACAGCCUGUCCAGAACUCGCACAUGUUUCAGGGCGUUUUAUGGCCUCAUUCUUUUGCUACUGUUGCUGUUUGUACUGAAUAAAAACACCUUCAUGUAGGCUGUUGUAUGAAUUGGGGUCUGCUCUGAGCAGGCCUCAACUCUGGUUUGUCUCACAAUGCAUGCUUGUGUACCCUGGGUUUUUUAAUUUUUUCAUAAAGGAGUGCCUCCUUUGAAUUCAAUAAAACUCACUGCAGAAUA